AUUGAAUGUGAUCCCAAUGAUAUUUCGGAUCCGCACCAGGGUUUCAUAUGUUCCCUUAACCAAAUAGCAUCUCGACAUCUGCAUUUUCAACGAGUUUUCAAGUUCAAACUCAGAUUUUCUGGGAAGCGAAGGUGAAACACCAAAGAUGUCGAUCAAUUCGCGAGUCACUAUCAGUUUGAGCAGAGAUGGAGACCGGUAAAAUUCCAAGUUCCGAGGUAGAAAUCUGACAAUUCAAGAAGCUAACUGUUCUAGGGUUGUGAGGGAGGCAGAGAGGAUCCAGAAUGAGUCGGAUCUUCGAGUACUUUGUCGUGUGCGGGUUGGGCCCCGAGAUCCGAACGCUGGAUGGAAACAAAGGCUUCCACGGCAGCGGGGUGAUGUACUUGCCGUCUCUUCUUGAUCAGUACCCUCCACUCAAUCACUCUCUCUACCCUCCUCCGCCUCCCCAACUUCCCACUUGUGUUCUGCCAGCUGGUGUGGAGUUAUACACUUCGGGCUUCAAUCCUACUGACUUCUCAACCUUUCCUCGAAGUUAUCCUAUUGUUUUGACUGAGGGUGAUGGAUCUAAAAUUUAUGUGAGUUGCAUUUCUUUUCGGGAUCCAGUCUGCGAGGAUAUUGCUGAAGCUUAUCACAUCCCUGCAAAUUCGUUUGCUGAUAAAUGUAUCUGCCUUGUCUCACGUGCUCCUAGUUUUGGUAUCCUCCGGGAUGCAUUGGAGGAACUAUUUGCCCUUUGCUUCUCACCUGAUGGAAGUAGGCAACCAUUAUGGGGUGUUAUAGCAAGCCUGGUGUCCUCUGUGCCUCUUCCAACUCCUGGAAAAGAUCGAGUCUUAUUUGCUAUUGAGAAUAGCCUGCUAGCUGUUGAAGUGCCAUCAAAGGAUGGGCUCCCACAUGCUGAUAUAUCAUUUCAGCCACUGGUGCAGUGCUUGGAUGUUGACAAUUUCCUUAAUCUUUUUACUGCUGUGUUACUUGAAAGGAGGAUUCUGCUCCGGUCAAACAAAUACUCUCUCUUAACUUUAGUAUCUGAGGCCCUGUGUCAUUUGAUAUAUCCAUUUCGUUGGCAGCAUGUCUACAUUCCAUUACUAUUUUUCAGUGGAGUAGACUACAUUGAUGCUCCUACACCAUAUAUGAUGGGUCUCCAUUCAGGCGUGGAUACUUUUGGUCUGACCAUGGAUGGUGUAGUUGUUGUGGACCUUGAGCAUAAUCGCAUCACCACAUCAGAGGAAAUUCCUCCUAUACCAGAGCCAGAAUUAAGUUCUUUACGUACUGAGAUAAUGAAGCUGUUGUAUCCAAAUGUUGUUGGGAUAGAUGAAUUGAAGGCUAGCUUUGGGGGUUCUUCUGAGCAGUGCCCGAGAGUCAGCAGCAAGCCUUGGGGAGAAGAUCAUGAUCUCCAACUUAGGUUUAUAUUUCUCAAGUUUUUUGCAUCAGUUUUAGGUGGCUACCGCAAUUUCAUAGAAAAUACUGCAACUCAAGUGUUCAACUCUCAAGCAUUUUUGAAGAAGCGUUCUCGGUUAACCAACCAACCACCAGAGCCAAUGAUUUCACAGUUUUUAGACUCUCAGGGUUUCUUGGAUUAUUUAGAAAGAGGUCUGGGGUCUGAGGAAAACGGUAACAAUCUGCUUGACAAAUUACAAGAUGCCAUUGGGAGAGGUCAAAAUCCACUAUCAAUUCUCCCCUCACCUUUGACAGAACCAGAGAUUGUAACUAUAUCGGACUCAGAUGCUGGAACAUCAGGAUCAGGUGCCAGAUAUAAUUAUGACAGAUUUCCUUCAAACAUUAGAACAGAAGAGCAGGAGGAAAAGAGGAGGCAGAUUCUAGCUGCAGCUAGUGGAGCUCUCAGUCCACCUUCAAUGCUCGUGGUUAAGGACCCCAAGGCAGAAAGUUUAAGUCCAAGGGAGAGGGCUGCUGAACGAGAGCGCAUGGUUUUAGACAUAAAAGUGAAGCUGCAGGGUCUAUGGUUGCGCCUAUUGAAACUGGGAGCUACUGACGAUCCUCUUUCGUCCUUUGAAUAUGGAACAAUCCUUGCUUUGAUUGAGUCUGAUGCAGAAGGGAUUGGUGGCAGUGGCUUUGUUGAAUGCAUAAGGGAGCACAUACAUUCAGGGUGGCCUGGACAAUUGACUGAGGAGCAGUUUAUUGCAGUUAAAGAAUUGCUGAAAACGGCUAUAAGUCGUGCUACCUCUCGGAAUGACAUGGCAACUGUCAGAGAUGGGCUUGAAGUGUCUGCUGAAAUGUAUAAAAAAGAUACCAAUAACGUUUCAGACUAUGUUCAGCGUCAUCUUCGCUCUCUUUCCAUCUGGGAGGAGUUGCGGUUUUGGGAUGGAUAUUUCGACUAUCUCAUCGAUAGCUCAUCAAACAAGUCGGCCAAUUAUGCAACAUUGGUGACAACACAGCUAAUAUUAGUGGCAUCUCACAUGGCUGGAUUGGGGCUUCCUGAUACUGAUGCUUGGUACACCAUUGAAACAAUUGCAGAGAAGAACAACAUAGGAUACAAGCAAAUUAUAAAACUCAGGGGAUUCCUGUCACAUAUGCAGCAAAUAUAUAUAAGAUAUUGGGGAAUUCAUUCCUUGAAGGUGCAAUCUGUGUCACCCUACGGGUUGUCCUCUCCGCGUCCACAAGAUGCCAAUAAUGACAACCAGCAACCAGCUGAGGCUUCUGGUGUUGGAAGGAGCUGGGUGCAGAGCAUGUUUAGUAGGGAUACGUCAAUAAGAGCAAACUCUUUUAGUCGUGUUCGGAAAUGGAGUUCGGAUAGUGGAAGCUUAGCGGCAAAUGAAAAUGGGACUAAACAAGAUUCAGCUGCUGUUGGACAAAAGAAAAUGCAAACAAAUGUUCGCCUACUUAGAGGUCAUACUGGUGCUGUUACUGCUCUACAUAGUGUAACCAGGAGAGAGGUGUGGGAUUUGGUGGGUGACCGUGAAGAUGCAGGUUUCUUUAUCAGUGGAAGCACUGAUUGCUUGGUAAAGAUUUGGGAUCCUAGUCUUCGUGGUUCUGAACUCAGGGCAACUUUAAAAGGACAUACAGGAACUGUCCGGGCAAUAAGUUCUGAUCGAGGAAAGGUGGUUUCAGGUUCUGAUGAUCAGUCUGUGAUAGUGUGGGAUAAACAAACAACUCAGCUUCUAGAAGAACUGAAGGGCCAUGAUGCACAGGUCACCUGUGUACGAAUGCUGUCAGGGGAACGGGUUCUUACUGCUUCUCAUGAUGGAACCUUAAAAAUGUGGGAUGUAAGAACUGAUACUUGUGUCGCCACUGUUGGUCGAUGUACAAGUGCUGUUAUCUGCAUGGAAUAUGAUGAUUCCACUGGAAUACUAGCUGCUGCUGGUAGAGACGUGGUUGCAAACAUUUGGGACAUCCGUGCUGGCAAACAGAUGCACAAGCUUUUAGGCCACACAAGAUGGAUUCGGUCAAUUAGAAUGGUUGGAGACACUUUAGUUACUGGGAGUGAUGAUUGGACAGCACGAAUGUGGUCUGUUUCUCGGGGAACAUGUGAUGCCAUUUUAGGUUGCCAUGCUGGUCCAAUUCUAUGUGUUGAGUACUCAAUGGCAGACAAAGGAAUAAUAACAGGUUCAACUGAUGGUUUUGUCCGGUUCUGGGAAAAUGAGGAGGGAGGAAUAAGAUGUGUGAAGAAUGUUACUGUUCAUGCUGCUUCAAUAUUAUCUAUAAAUGCUGGGGAGCACUGGUUGGGUAUUGGAGCAGCUGAUAAUUCAAUGUCUCUUUUCCAUCGUCCUCAAGAGAGAUUUGGUGGUUUGUCUAGUGCCGGUUCAAAAAUGGCUGGGUGGCAACUCUACAGAACGCCUCAGAAGACAGUUGCAGUGGUACGGUGUGUGGCUUUGGACCUUGAACGGAAAAGGAUUUGCAGCGGUGGCCGGAACGGGCUGCUCAGGUUGUGGGAUGCCACCAUUAACAUCUAAACUUCUCUUGUUCUGUAUGUUCGUAUUUUUGAGUGUUGUAUUCUUUCAGAUCUCAUGCUCUGUAUCUAAAGCAUAAUGUAACAGAACGCAGUUUUGCCCCUUUUGUAUUCUUUACCCUUUAGUUUUUGCCUUCCCGAACCA